AUGUAUACUCCCAGAACACAAGCCGCUCUUGACUGUCCCGUCCUUCCGGCCGGAUUCUCCCCAAAGUGCAGUAGUAUUCAGAAUGCUCAAGGCUCUUUGGAUAAGGGCGAGAUCAUCUCUCCGACCAUCACUACCUCGCCCUUCUCUUUUAGCUUUGGCGUCGAUGCUGCAUCGAGCGCCACUUGCAAUACUAGUGAUCCACACGCUGUAUCCCAGUCGGAGGCUCUAUUUUACUAUGCAGGGCUCCAUUCUCAACCAACAUUACUUUACCGCACGGGUAAGAAGUGGUCCCCACCCCGCGGACCUGAGGCCCAGCGCCCUUCAAAGGAAUUAGUUCCAAUUUUCAACCACCCAAUUACGAAGGUGUGGAACGACGACCUGGGUUGGGAGGUUGUCAAAGUCAUGGAUGUGCACGAGAUUCGCUUUACAACUAUUGAUGUCGUUCGCUUCAGGGCAGAUGAAGUUUCAGAAGACGAUGAGUGCAGUGGUGAGGCUAGGUACUCAGUCCUCAGUCCCGUCACUAUUUGGGUUGGCGUCUUCCCGGGGCUUGUCACUGCCACGGCUGCCCACGACGUCGCUAAGAUAAUUCUGGAUCUUCUCAAGGUCUACCAAAUCGCCGAUGUCGAUAUCGAAUUCCGCGAAUCACUGCACGUUUCUAAUGCCGGUCCUCAACUUUUCAAAGCUGUUGAUGCCGAAGAUCCACUUGUUCACGUUGUCAGUCCCCUCACGCCUCUCCUUGGCCUUUGUAUCUCUACUAGGGCCAGGCCCGACUCACAGGGUACUAUGGCUCUUUACCUUAACAAGGGUGAUGGUAGCGAUGAUCUCUUGGGUCUGUCUUGCCGUCACGUCCUCUUUGGAAACCAGGAGGCCAAUGUUGAUUAUAUUUACCACCCCAGCAGCCCUUCUAAAGAUGUUCUUUUUCUUGGAAAUACAGCCUAUAAAGACAUCAUUGAGGCGACUGAAGCCAGUAUUUCUAAUUAUACCCACGCGGCUCAGUGCUCCAAAAAUACGAUCAAAGGGUCGGGAAAGGAUGCCAACACCGUUCAUGACGAGACCAAGGCGAAUCAGUCAGAUGUUGGGAGCUCCUUGGCUGAGGCGGAGAAGGUCAAGAACAAUUGGAGAACACUAGACAGUCGUGUUCUUGGCCAAAUCGUCUACUCCCCAGCCCUCCGCUUCGGCGUCGGCGAACAUCGCUUCACGGAGGACUGGGGACUUUUCAGUAUCGAACGUACCAAGCUUGGCGCCGGAUUUUCCGGCAACAAAAUAGAUCUCGGAACAAACUCAAGCAAGUUUAAGGAUCGCUGUUUUCCUCGGAUAGAUGCCACCUGGCAUUUCCGACAUCCUGAAGGGCGUCUGCUUCCCCUGCAAGGCGUCAUUCCUAACAGCUUGAUGCAAGACCCUGACAUGUGGGACUUGGAUCGUGAACCAUGCUUGUUGGUCGUCAAGAAUGGACAUGACAUGCCACUGGUACCACCAUGGGCCGCGCAAACGGCCCUCUUUCGGUUCAAGUCUGAAGUUUUUUCGAGAGACGGUGACUCGGGCUCCAUAAUUGCUGACGUCCGUGGCCGAAUCGGGGGUAUGCUCACUGGGGGUGCUGGCAGUACAGAUAGCUCUGACUUGACUUAUGCCACACCGUUCUGGUGGCUCCUUGAGCGUAUCAAGGCCACCAAUAGGUUCUCCCAAGUGCACCUUGGCGUUGAUGCCUAG